AUGGAUGAUAAUAUAAUACCCGACGGUAUCAAAAUACCUCCUGCUGAGGUGAAAGAAACAAUAGAUAAAACAGUUGGUUACGUAUUAAAAAAUGGCUCAUCGUUUGAAGAAAGAUUAAAAAAUAAUGAAGGAUCAAAUGAAAAAUUCACCUUCUUAAAGAAGAAUGAUGUUUACAACGAUUACUAUCAAUGGAAACUAGGUAAUCUUAAGGAUUCUGAUGUGCAAAAUGGAGAUGUGAAAGUGGUUACGGCUGAAAGUACGACGACCAAUGCACCCCUAGAACUUCAAUUUAUCACCACCAAUCCUCCUAUAUCAUCGUUGGACUUGGACAUUAUAAAAUUGACAGCUCUCUUUGUGGCUAAGAAUGGAAAAAAGUAUGCUGAACACUUGUUUACACACCAAACUCAGCAAUCGAAUAAAGCACAAUUUGAGUUUCUUCAUGAGAAGCAUUCAUUGCAUCUGAUAUUUCAAAAAUACGUCAAACAGUACGAAUUGGUUCUAAACUUGUAUAAAGACUCGGACGAUGAUCAAACACAAGGUAUUGUUAAGAGACUUUCACAUCCGGAUGACAUAUUCGAAUCUGCCUAUAGAAGGGCACAUUAUAAUAAGCAACAUAAGGCUGUUAUACAGAAUGAGAAAAAGUUAGAGGAACAGAAAAAACUAGCAUAUACGUCUAUUGAUUGGCAGGACUUCGCAAUCGUUGGACAAAUUGAAUUUGAUGCUAUUGACGAAGUUCGUGAAUUGGCGAUCCCUUUAAGAAGAGAAGAUUUAAUUUACAGAUCAUUAGAAUCGAAACAAAAAGAAUUAGACUUGGCCAAGGCAAAGGUACAACCUAAACAAGAGUCUCAAGAAACGAUACCAGAAAAAAGCGAAAAUGAAGUGUUAAAGCACCCAAAGCCAAAAGGAAUGAAGAUCAGGGCUGCUGGAGAAUCGAGAUUGAAGAACAAGUCCAAAUCAAACCUCCAAACUACAAGCCAUAUGGCAGGCCAUAUAAAAUGUCCUAUUACUGGAAAAUUCAUCCCAGAACUGCAGUUCGAUAAUCACUUAAAAGUGCUAUUGAGAGAUCCUCGUUACAAAGAACAGCAAGACAAUUUUGUCCGUAAAAACUUCACCUACUCAUCGAAUUUAACAACAGAUGAGGUGUACGACAAUAUAAAACGGUUAGCUAGGAAAAGAGAAGGUACGCAAAAUGGAGAGGAGCACAUCUCCAAGAAACCAAAUCAAAUCGGUCCCCAUUGA